AUGAUCGAUUGUGAAGGAAAAAAUAGUUUAUCAUCAAAUAUUGACAAUAAUUAUUGUCCUUUUAUCGAAACGUUAUCAUUUGGUUCAGAUAUUAAUAUUAAAUGUAACAGUACUUAUUUAAUAUUCAAUGAAAUAAAUAGUCUAGCAUUAAAUUGGAAAUUUACAAAUCAAACAUCAAUUUGUAAACAAGCUAAGACACAACAAGCAUUUAUUAAUCAAUGUGGUGUUAAACGUAUUGAUUCAAAUUAUUUACAAGUUUCAUUAAAAUCAUUAGAACUUAAGGAAGAAGCUUGUAUUUAUUGUCGAAUAAAUUAUAAACCAAUUGCACCAAUAAUAAUUGUAACUCCAUUAGAAUACGGCGACGACGUUCUAUAUACUUUUAAUAUAACAGCGACUGGAUUAGCACGUAAUGAAUCAUUUGAAAUCCUAUGGGCUAAACGUGUUAAUGAUCAAUUUCGAAUUUCAUAUAAUUACUGGUUUUUAGAAAAAUGUAUGGAUCAAUCAAUACGUAUUCUUGAAAAUGCAGGACGUACAAUAAAAUUUACUGUUGAGGAUACAUUUAUCAGUCGAGUUGAAUUUAUUAUUCGCCGUUGUAAUGGCACAUGUCGACGAUAUGAAAGAUGUAACGAUGAAAAAUUUCGUAAUGAAAUGGCUUCAAAUUAUUUCCAUGUUCCCGACUCAAUAGAAAAAAUAAGUUGUGAUUCCGAUUGCUUGUCCGGUAUUGUUUCAAUACCUACAACAACUUAUAUUCCUUCAAAAGUAACAACAAAAACAACAACAGCAACAACAACAACCACAUCAUCAACAACAACUCAUACAUCAAUUCCGUCAGAAUCACAAAUGAUAAUUAUGAUAAUAUCAGGUGUACUUCUAUUAUUAUUCAUAAUAUUAUUGAGUAUAUUUAUUAUUUGGAUGGUUAUUAAGAAAAAAGCAAUUAUUCAAUUAACGGCUGCAUCCGAAGCUAGACGUCUACUAGUUUAUGCUGCUUUUGAAAAUAAAAAUUUAUUUAACUCAUUCACUAAAGUUUAUGAAUAUUUAAUGCAUCAUCAAGCCACAGUAGGAGAUUUAUGUCGAUAUUUUGAACGAUAUUUUCCUUAG